GGAGGAGGGCGGCGGGCGGGCGGGAGGGAAGCAGCGUCCGCGCCGCCGCCGCCGCCCGCGCCGCCGCCGCCGCCGAGCCCCCGCCGCCAAGCAGCAAGCAGAGUCGCGCCGCCCCGCCGCCCGCGGCCCAAGCAGCCCCGCGCCGCCGCCCCGCCCGCCGCGCCCGCCCCGCCGCUGGAUGCCGGGGGCCGGCGGCCCAGCUCUCAGAGGCGGAGCGCGGCGGCGGCGCGGGCGGCGGCGGCGGCGGCGCGGGCGGCCGGCGGCCGAGAGGCAGGGGCGCGGGCCCGAGCGCUAGCGCCGCCAUGCCCGGCUCCACCGGCCAGCCCGACGGCGGCGGCGGCGACCCCAGCCCGCGCCCGCCCCCCCCGCCCCCGCCGCCCCCGCCGCCGCCGCCCCUGCCCGAGGGCGCCGAGGAGGCCGCGCCCGACGACGCGGCCGCUGCCGCCGCCGCCGCCGCCGCCGCGCUGCGCCUGGCGCUGGACCAGCUCUCGGGGCUGGGGCUGGGGAGCGCGGGCGGCCCGGACGACGAGGGGGCGGCCGCGGGCGGCGGGGACGGCGGGGCGGCGGCGGCGGCGGCGGGCGGCGCGGACGGCGGGGCGGCGGCUGAGCCCGCGCCCCCCGACGGGCCCGAGGCGGGCGCACCCGCGGUGGCCGAGGCGGUGGCGCCGGGCUCGCUGCCGCUGCUGGAGCCCGACGUGAGCCCGCCGCCGCCCCGGCCGUCGCCACCCGACGUGUUCGCUGGCUUCGCGCCGCACCCCGCGGCCCUUGGCCCCUCGACGCUGCUGGCCGAGCAGAUGAACGUGAUCGGCAGCCGCAAGAAGAGCGUGAACAUGACCGAGUGCGUGCCCGUGCCCAGUUCCGAGCACGUCGCCGAGAUCGUGGGUCGCCAGGGGUGCAAGAUCAAGGCUCUGCGGGCCAAGACGAACACCUACAUCAAGACGCCGGUGCGCGGGGAGGAGCCCGUCUUCAUCGUGACUGGCCGCAAGGAGGAUGUGGAGAUGGCCAAACGCGAGAUCCUGUCGGCCGCCGAGCACUUCUCCGUGAUCCGCGCCACGCGCGGCAAGGCGGGCGGGCUGCCGGGCGCCGCGCAGGGCCCUCCGCACCUGCCGGGACAGACCACCAUCCAGGUGCGCGUGCCCUACCGCGUGGUGGGGCUGGUGGUGGGGCCCAAGGGCGCCACCAUCAAGCGCAUCCAGCAGCGGACGCACACCUACAUCGUGACGCCGGGGCGGGACAAGGAGCCCGUGUUCGCCGUGACGGGCAUGCCCGAGAACGUGGACCGGGCGCGCGAGGAGAUCGAGGCGCACAUCACGCUGCGCACGGGCGCCUUCACGGACGCGGGCCCCGACAGCGACUUCCAUGCCAACGGCACCGACGUGUGUCUGGACCUGCUCGGGACGGCCGCCGGCCUCUGGGCCAAGGCCCCCAACCCGGGGCGGCGGCCCCCGGCGCCCACGGCUGGUCUCCGCGGCGACGCGGCCCUGGGCGCGCCGGGGGGCCCCGAGGCCUUCUAUGCCGCGGGCCGCGGAGGGCCGCCAGUGCCCGACGCGGGCCCCGCCAGCCCCUACGGCGGCGCGGGCAACGGGGGCUUCUCCUUCGGCGGCGACGGCCCGGGGGCCCCCUCGGGGCCGCCCGCGCCCGAGGACUGUGACUUCGGCUUCGACUUCCUGGCGCUGGACCUGACCGUGCCCGCCGCGGCCACCAUCUGGGCCCCCUUCGAGCGGGCCGCGCCGCUGCCCAACUUCAGCGGCUGCUCGGCCGUCAACGGGGCCCCCGCGCCCCCCGCGCCGGGCGCCCGGCGCAGCAGCGGGACCGGCUCGCCGCGCCACUCGCCCACGCUGCCCGAGCCCGCGGCCCUGGGCCUGGAGCUCCCGCUGGCCCGCCGCGGCGGCGCCGCGGACCCGGUGGGCGCCCUGGCCUGGCGGCCGGCGCCGGGCUCGCUGCCGGCCUUCCCCGCCGCCACCUCGUUGCCCGGCGGCGCCGCGGCCGCGGCGUGUCCCCCCCUGGACUCCAGCCCCUCCGAGGGCGGCCGCAAGCCCCCGGCCGCCCCCGCCCCGGCCCUGGCGCGCGAGUGCGUGGUGUGCGCCGAGGGCGAGGUGAUGGCCGCGCUGGUGCCCUGCGGCCACAACCUCUUCUGCAUGGACUGCGCCGUCCGCAUCUGCGGCAAGAGCGAGCCCGAGUGCCCCGCCUGCCGCACGCCCGCCACCCAGGCCAUUCAUAUCUUUUCCUAGCGGCCCGGGGCAGGGGUGGGGGGCGGCGGGCGCGGGGGCGGCGGGGGCGGCGCGGCCAGCGUUCGCAGACGAGCUUUAACUCGGUCCCAGGCGUGGAGACGGCCGCCCGACGGCACCACAGUUCUUAACCAAUAAACAGUAUUGAGUCGACAGGUUAAAAUAAACCAGAGAGAAAAGGUCUGCCUGCACUUUCUAUUUAAGACUCCCCGGCCCCCAGGGUGAUCUUUUUACGAAGAUAAAAAUAUAUAUAUAUACACACACACACACACACACAUCCGAUUUUUACAACUCCCGGUUGUCCUUUGGGACUUGGCGGAUUUCAGACAGGACCUGCUGGCCUGGGAGGCGGCCUCGGCCUCCGCCUCCGCAGAGGCCCCUAGGAGGACAAUGCGACGUUUUUACUCCCUGUGGGGGGCUCACCAGUUACCCUUUUGUACGUCAGCGGGGGGACAGGCUGGAAGGGUGGGGGGGUGGGGAGGGUCCCAACCAGAAAUUUCUAACUUUGUGUUUUUAAUUAUUAAUACCCUUCUGCUGUGGUUUCUGUUGUCAGUUUUUAAAUUUUUUUAAAUUGUGUUUUUUUAAACCUUUUGCUUUUUACCUCUUGUGUAUAUGUAGGGAAUUUAUAGGGAAAUAUGUACUUUAUGGAAUAAAUUUUAAGAACUAAAAUAUAUUUUAUUUUAAAUAAAGUAACGGACCUUUCAUCUUACACAGCUAAAUUACUGAUUAUAUAUUUGCUGAGCUGACUUAAGGGUUCAGAAAAUUGUAUCAAGAGUUUUAUUUUUUGACUUUAAAGCCUUCUUAAUAAAGCCCUUUUGCUACCUGUGA